AUGGAGGGGCUCGUGCCCGGCGUGGACCCCACCCUGGUGCCACGAACGAUCGAUCCCGAGCACUAUCGGGAACCCAUUGAGUCAAAAGGUCAUCUGGGGGCGGUUGACUUCCCCACGGAGCAAGCCAUCUUCACGACCGCGCCAAAUGUGCCUCCCCGCAUCACGCGUGACCACCCCGUCGUCUUACAAGUUCCGCUCGAGACGACGACAAAGACGAUGCAGCUGACGAGUACACACAAGUACGAGAUGUGGACGUUCAACGACCGGGUGCCCGGCCCCUUCAUUCGCGCGCGCGUCGGCGACGUCCUGGAGCUAUCGCUGACCAACCGCGACGAGUCCGGUAACCCGCACAACAUCGACUGUCAUGCCGUGAUGGGACCCGGCGGUGGCUCAGGCGUCACAACCGCAUCAGAGGGCGAGACCAAGACGGCGCGGUUCCACCUGGCAUACCCCGGGCUGUUCGUCUACCACUGUGCGGCGGCCCCCGUCCCCGUCCACAUCGCCAACGGCAUGUACGGUCUCAUCUACGUGCAGCCCGAGGAGGGGGACCUUCCCUCCGUGGACCGGGAAUACUUCAUCAUGCAAAGUGAAUUCUACUGCGAACCGCCCGAGACCAUGGACAACGGUCGCCCCUCCCCCGUUGUCGAAUUCUCCUACCCAAAUGCACUGGAUGAGAGUCCCACGGCGGUCGUUUUCAAUGGCCACGAGGGUGCCUUGACGAUCGAGAACCCCCUAAAGGCCAAGUUGGACGAGACGGUGCGCAUCUACUUUGGUAAUGCCGGCCCCAACCUGACCAGUUCAUUUCAUGUCAUUGGGAGUAAUUUCCACCGACUGUACCGCGAUGCCGACGUCCUCAGUCCGCCGGCGCGGUACGUCCAAACUACCAGUGUGCCCUCCGGUGGCGCUACGAUCGUCGACAUGAAGAUGACUGUGCCAGGCACAUAUACCAUUUUAGACCAUGCCAUCUUCCGCCUGGACAAGGGGGCCGUGGGGUAUCUGAAUGUGGCAGGGCCGCCACGACCGGAUAUCUAUGAGAGUAGGGAGGCACCGGCGCCGUGCGUCGGAUGUAAACUGCACCCUUGA